CACCUGUGUGUGUCCCUGCAGCAGCAGCAUUAGCAGGCUGAAGAACCCUCCUCCUCUUCCUCCUCCCUGCCACCGUCACUCGUUCCCCUGGAAGCCGACACAAUCAGUCCGCUCUGCUGCGCUGGCUGCAGGGUUCGGUACCCGUCCAGAGAAAUGCAUGGCAAAAUCCACCGUGCAUUGGGCAUUUUAUGUUGGAAACUUGUGUUUUAAAGACAGCAUUUCGAUUUAGACCAUGACCGCACCCCUCUGAGCAAGAUAAAAGGCUUUUCAGACAUGUCCCACCAGCAGCGGCUCGUCCAGCUUUCCGGAGCUUCGCUCGCCGUGGUCUUCGGCCCGGACGAUGAGAGUUUACCCAAAGCAAAUGCUCCGAGUGGCCAGGAGAUAUUUGCUGACUUUAAAGCCCAAAACUCGCGCAGUUUCUGGAAUAAGAGACUCGUUAAGGCCAUGGCUGAGGUAUACUUUCAGGGAUGGAUGGAAAACUUGGUGCUUUUCAUUCAAGGGAACGCAAACAACUUGGAGGUGCUGAGGGAAGCGUGGAUGCGCAGGGCUCUGAGGUCACCAAAGGGAUUCAUUAUUAAAGCUGUUGGUGACCUCUCCCCGGUGCAGAUGUCCUCGGUUCCUCAGUCGCAGUUCAUUCCCUUGGCUGAAGUGCUGUGCUCCGUCAUCUCAGACAUGAACUCUGCUCAAAUCACCGUCACCCAAGAGGCACUCGUCAACUACAUGAGCAAAGCCCAUCCAGGGAUAACCAUUCCCACGCAGGAAAUCCUCUACAACGCCCUUGGAACUCUGAUCAAGGAGCGUAAGAUUUACCACACAGGUGAAGGCUACUUCAUCGUUACGCCUCAGACCUAUUUCAUCACCAACAACUUGGUCCGAGAGAAGAACUGGUGGACCUCCGCUUCAACAGAUGACCCACCUUUGGCCCCUCCUGUUACUUACCUUCUGAACAAUGAAGUCUGUGUUGAGGAUACUCAAACAGUCCCUGUAGCCCACUGCAGGUCAUGCAGCUGUUUUAGCCCUCACCAAAAUUCCUCCAACACCGCAGCCACAACUGAAACGCCCACCAUCCCUCCCUCCACUGUUCCUGACCAGCAUUCUGUAUCUGUGUCCAUAAGCGAAUGCACGGGAAGAAGCUUAAAGUGGCCCCGGGCAUCAGAUCAUAAACCCUCAGUGCAGAAUCAGUCCACAUCCACAGCUGCUGAUUGCCAGACUAGUGAGAUCAGCAAAACCUCUGCUACUACAAACGCCACAAAUCGGAAAGAAAAGGAUAAACCUGGGAGGAAGUUUGGUCUUAGCUUGUUUAGGAGGAAUGGAGGCAAAAAGGAGAAGCCAAAGAAGGAGUAUGCAACAUUUUCAGGCCAGUUCCCUCCGGAGGAGUGGCCUGUAAGAGACGAGGAAGACUUGAACAACUUGCCCCGAGACCUGGAGCAUGCCAUCAUCAAACGCAUCAACCCUGAACUGACUGUGGACAACCUGACACGCCACACAGUCCUAAUGAAGAAACUGGAGGAGAGAAAGGAAAAGGGAGUGGUUCUGGAUCGAGGUCUGGACAGUAAAGACAAGGGAGUAGACAAGGGAAUGUCAACCGAUAUUUUAACUUUCUCCAAACACAGACAUCACCAAUUGUCUAAAGCGGGUGGAGGGAAAAGAUUGUCCCAUAAGGCUUCUCGCAGCAAGAGGAGGAUCCACUCAUCUCGAGAAAAGCAAAGGGAAAGGGACAAGGAAAAGAUUAAAAGCAAGGCCCCCAUGUGUUCUGACAUUUAUCCAGAUGAGGAUGAUUUGAUUCCAACACGGCUCAGGGGAGAAAUUCCGGCUGAUACUACAGAUCAAAAGGAGGAACCUGGGAAUGCUGAGGGAAAGUGUUUUUACAAAAAACGCAUUGACAAUCCUUUCCAGACUCAUCCAAUCAAGGAUGGUGAGAAUAUAACUCCCACCAACAGGGAGCACAGAAGGCGAGACGUCAAAGAGGGCAAAGCAUCUGUGUCUGGAAGAAAGGAACGAACCAGUCACCGCUCCAAGUCAUGGGACCCUCAUCGGGCAAAACUGAUGGCAGCGACUGGAGAGAAUGCCCUGAAAUUCCCAUUGUAUGAGGACAGAUACAACUGCGACCACGAGAGGGACUUUGUUGUUGAACGUCUGCUCCAGCCGGACAAAAAGCUCAGCAAAGAGCUUGGUUUGGACUACAGCUCGGCAUAUCUACAUGGCAGCACGCUCAGGAUAGACGACAAAGUUCGGUAUCAGGAUGAACAAAGCAGCAAGGAGAUUUGGGAGAAAGAGGGCAAACAUGGACAUUUACAGAAUAAGCAAGAGUGCAAAAAUGUGCCAGACCAAAGCAAAAUACAAGAUAACAGUCUCAUUAACAUCCAGCAACACUCCCAUAUGAAUACUGUUGUCCCUGCGUAUUCCUAUCAGCCCGUCAUAAACCCCGCACAUGGUCCAGAUCUGCCAUGGCCCAAGCCGUCUUUACAGCGGAAACAUUCCCUCCGACUCUCCAGUCAACAAAAGGAUGAAAUUUCAAAGCCGAAGGAGCGCUCCGUGACUGCUGAGGAUCAGCAGGAGACCCAAUCAGCCAGUAGAACCAUUAACCACAGGGAGGUUCUGGAACUGACAGCUGUCAACACACCGCUGAUGGCAAACAAUGAUGGUUUUAUAGAGGAUGACUGUAGGCUGUAUCAGACAGCAGGACCAGAGGAGGAAGAUGCUUGCAGCUCCCUGUGUCUGAGCACCGAGGACAUGAUUGAUGCAAAUAAUUACAGAACUGAUGGAGUAGCAAACUAUCACGGUCACCGGCUGGUUUACAAUAAUCAUGAAUCUAAAAUACAUCAACAUUCCUAUUAUAAAGUCAUGUUCCAACAACAGCAAGCUGCCUGCAAACAAGACUCAACAGAUAGCACUUUAAAGGAUCUAAUUCCUCCCACAAGCCAGCGGGAAGCCUCCCUCAUAUCCACAAGACCAGCAGAGAGCAGCUGGAGACUGCAUCAUCAGAGAACUAGACCACCAAAUCCCAUAAGGGAUCCAUUAGUCCCUGGGGAAAAGGGGUGUGGAUCUAUUCUGGAUGCAGACUGUUCAGAGGCAUGUGAAGGUGCAGACAGCAGCAUCUUUGACUACUGCCAGGCCAGCGAGCUCGAAUCGGACACGGAGACUGUCCGAAAGUCAGCCGACGAGGGUGAUGGCGAGUCGGCGCACUGGGCUGUGGAUGUAGAGGAAGUGCGGAAGGAUGCCUUGGAUAAGAGUGGUGUUCCUCAGACCCACAAGGCCAUCCAGAGCACACCCAUUGGAAGUAGAAGAGCAGAAGAAAUGGUGGAGAAUCAGAGCAUUACUGGAGACAGUGGCAUAGAUUCCCCUCGGACCCGUGUCAGUCUCGCAUCCAGCAACACUGUUAUCCUGGAAGGCCUCAAGAGAGGGGGCUUCCUGCAGAACCUGGAAAAAUUGCAUUCAAAGAGCAGCACCAUCCGACCACAGAACUCACUGCUACAGCUGACUCCUGUAAUGAACGUAUAGCAGGUCCUUGUUAACGCAAUGCAGACGACACUUCUCUGAGGUGCAUCAGAAGGCUUGAACCACAUCCUUGAUGUAUGCAAAUGCAAGAAAAGGGAUAAAUGAGGAUCUGUAGUUUGGUGCCUACCUCCACAUAUUGACACCUAUGAGAACAUGGGUCUGUGUAAAAAUGUUCAAUGAACACAAUGAUUGUAAAUACUUUACAGAGAAAUCUGCUAAGAUAUAUCUAGACUUACUUGUGUAUCUGCUGUUAUAUAGUUUGCAUUUUAUGUAAUAUAAAUGCAGUUUUGUCAGUCUCUCACUAGUUUUUAAUUUUGUUUUCUCGUCAUCAGUUACAAAAAUAAAAUUAUAUAUCCACCAAGAUGUCUUUUGUUUCCAUGAUAUAUAUGUAUGAGCUUAACUGGAUUUGAUAUAUUUCUUGGGAAAUAUGUUUUUAUUAAAACAGCUGCUAGACUUAAGGUGUUGCAAAGCUCAACCAGCAUAGUCACUAACGUCAUGUAGGACUUUUAGGCCUUUUACAUCUGUUGACUAGGGAUGGGCACCUAUCGUAUUGUUUAUUGUUAUCGGGUAUUAUUUUAUUCUCAAGAAUUUUGAUAUAACGUGACAAUAAACUAAUAAAUGUUUGCACACCCCGAAAA